CAGAAACACCCGUAGUACCCGAGCCCUCCAUUGAGUGUUAGCCGUGAGCCCGAGGAAAGUCAGACGAGCGAGAGGAAGCGGCAGGUGUGGGGAGAAGGAGAGCGGGAAGGCGGGUUAGUGUUCACAACCGAAGCCGAAAAGGGCCUGCCAGCCCGGAGUGUCAGCCUCGUCCUCGUCCUCCUCCCGGCGAAAGACCCUCCUGGCCGGUUUUCGCCUCCCGCCCCAGCAGCCCAUGUUCAGCGCAGACGGGUUGGCAGCCGCCCCUCAACCGCCGCCUCGUCGGCCUCGUCUUUUCCCUCUGGCUUCCGCUGCCGCCGGGAGUUGCCUCGGAGCCGCCCGGCUAGAGGGCCGCCCCGGUUGCUCUUGUUGCCGCCACCAUGGCAGAAUUAGGGCAGGAGGUGGUCCACUUGGUCUGGGGCAAGAAGCCCGGCUCGCAGGGCCUCGGAGACACCAUCUUCUGCCGCUGGGCGCAAGGUUUUGUGUUCAGUGAAUCAGAAUCUACUGCACUAGAACAAUUUGAAGGAGGUCCUUGUGCUGUGAUUGCACCCGUUCAGGCAUUUCUUCUGAAGAAGUUGUUCAGUUGGGAAAAAUCUGCUUGGAGACAAUGUCAAGAGGAAGAGCAGAAGAAUCUCCUUUGCCAUACGUUAACAGAAAUUUUGGAAAUGGCUUGCUCUGAUCAUUCAGAAUCUUACUGUUUGGCAACUUGGCAAAAAAGAAAGACUGCAGAAGAAAGUGCUAGUAUUUCUGAGAGUCCAGCUGAGUCAAGCCAUCAGGAGGAGCAGCCCUCUGCCUUGGCUGUCGAAGAGCUUGGCUUUGAGCGAUUUCAUGCAUUAAUUCACAAGCAGUCAUUCACAAGUUUUCCUGAUUUCAAAGAGGCAGUGUGGAAUCACUUUUCGGUCUGGACAAACAAAUUUGGCGUGUUGCUUUUUCUGUAUUCUGUGAUACUGACCAAGGGCAUUGAAAAUAUAAAAAAUGAAAUAGAAGAUUCAACAGAGCCAUUGAUAGAUCCAGUGUAUGGUCAUGGAAGUCAAAGCUUAAUUAACCUCUUGUUGACGGGGCAUGCAGUAUCUAACGUCUGGGAUGGAGACAGAGAAUGCUCAGGAAUGAAACUGCUUGGAAUACAUAAACAAGCAACUGUUGGUUUUCUGACACUUAUGGAGUCACUGAGGUACUGUAAGGUUGGCUCCUACUUGAAGUCCCCAAAGUUCCCUAUUUGGAUUCUUGGCAGUGAAACUCAUCUUACAGUCUUCUUUGCCAAAGAUUUGGCUCUUGUUGCUCCUGAAGCUCCCUCAGAACAAGCCAGACGUGUCUUUCAAACAUAUGACCCUGAAGAUAAUGGUUUUAUACCAGAUACUCUUUUAGAAGAUGUAAUGAAGGCUUUGGACCUUGUAUCAGAUCCUGAAUAUGUAAAUCUCAUGAAGACAAAAUUAGAUCCAGAAGGACUGGGAAUCAUAUUGCUUGGUCCCUUUCUUCAAGAAUUUUUUCCUGAACAGGAUUCAAAGGUUCAAGAAUCAUUCACUGUAUACCACUACAAUGGACUGAAACAAUCUAAUUAUAAUGAAAAGGUCAUGUAUGUUGAGGGUACAGCAGUGAUUAUGGGCUUCGAAGACCCAAUGCUACAGACUGAUGAUACUCCAAUCAAGCGCUGUUUGCAGACAAAAUGGCCAUACGUAGAACUGCUCUGGACCACAGAUCGCUCUCCUUCGUUAAAUUGAUGUUAAAAGGAGACUUUGUAUUAUUAAUAACCAAUGUUUUGAACGAGAUUAUGAGAGGCAGAUGCCUAUAUUUAAAACAAAAACAAGCAAACUAUAUUUUGAUUUUGUGCUAUACACUGGUGUCAUUGAGAAACUGUAAAUAAUCACUUUUUCAGUGUUAAUUAGAAUAUUUAAUUUUUUUAACAACAGGAUUGAUUUGUAUUUUACCAAUUAGCUCUUCUACAGGAUUGCAGCACUGUUAAGUUUUCACCCAGAAGCCUCCUAAAAAGAACCUGAAAAUACUCUAGUAGUGCAGCACCUGCAAAUUAAAUAAAAAAUUGUCUUAAAUACCAUAGUUUCCACUGUUUGCACACUUCUUUACCCAUGUUUUUAAUUGGAAUCAUACUGCCUUAGAACUCAAUCCAUGCAGGAGUUUCCUUCCAUGAGCCCCAGCAAAAUGGAAGAGGGCUGUGUGAGAUCGUAGUAGUGUUUGUACACUUUUCCCACUUCAGUGGGGUCUAUGCAGGGAACCUGCAAGAUGAUAUUUAGUCUGGUACUAUACUACUGUAUCUGAGCUUUGGGACUAGAUUGGGAUUUGCACUGAAUAUAUUUAGAUGAGUUAAAUUUAUGUUUUUUCCCUCUGGUAAUCUGACUUUUUACCUACAUGGCUUUGUGCAAAUGGAACAAAAAUGAUGACUAGCUAUAAAUGAUAAAUUAUAUUUAUUGGUAGCUCUUUUCCCAAGGUUUACCUCCUUGGCACACUGAAAAUAAAAUUUAAAAAAUAGAAUAAUAUUUAAAGUUGUGUACAAGAAAUGUUUCUAAAAACCAACCUAACAGCUGAAGGAGUUGGUGCUAUGAUUUUUGAAGCUGUUCAUAUUAUUGUUGCCAAGUACCUCUUCUCAAAUUGUCCUAACAGAAACAUGAGGCCAGAACUAUUGUACAUGUUAAUGCAUGAAAGCAACUGUUAUUCAGGUAGUAUACUCCAUUAUUUAUUAUCUAGGAAAUACUACAUUAAAAAAAACCCUGCUGAAUACUUA